GUUUUGUUUCUGCCAUUUUGGAAAUGGAAUUAAUAAAUAGCCAACUGCUCACUAAAUCAUUAAAUUUUCACGGCCAACAACUUCAGAAAUUAUGGGAAAGUGAAUUUGGUGAAAAUGAUCUUGUUCGACGAAAUAUUAAGGAUUUAAAUUUUCAUGUUUACGGCCAAAGACAAAAAAAUUUGUCAUUUCAGGAUCGUGGAAAGAGAUUAAAGUUCCAGCAGUUUUUGAUAAAAAAGUCUAAUUCUAUUUUCUCACUAGAAUCUAUAUCUGUUAAGCAUGCAUUUCAAGAAAAUACUAUUACUGAAGAUAUGUAUGCAAUUAUGCCUCCAUUUGAAACUUACACCAAUGCAGAUAAGCAGAAAAGAUUACUGUUUUUUACCAAGAAUGUUAGAGUAGGAGAUUUAAUUCUCGGAACCAUUGUAAGUAAGCAACAGUCAGGAAUGAUGUUGAAAGUACUUUGUACCACAGGAAUUGGUGCCACUGUUCGUUAUGCUGCUGACAUUAAUAUUAAAGCCUUUUGUCCAGUGGCGAAUAUUAUUCCAGCUGUAGACAAAAAAGGUGUUUCACGUAGUUACAUGAUGAAUGACUAUGUCUGUUGUGAGGUUCUGGAAGUAAUUGCAGACACAGACAAAGUUGUGUGUGGCAUGAAAGGUCUUACACGUAAACCUGGAGAUCCCGAACAUCGUCCUGCUUUAGGGCUAAUAAGUACUGAUGAUUUCCCACUUGUGUAUAAAAAAGCUUUGGAUCACAAGAAUGAAAGUUAUGAUUCUGUCUUAGAGAAGAGUGUUGGCUUCAAUAACCCCAAUAACAUCCAAUUCCUCUCUGAACUGAUGGAUAUCAACAAACAUAAUAGUUUUAUGUCUGGAUUACAAGGAAGAUUUCCAGAAAAUGAAUAUGCUAAUGAAUUAAGACAAGUUCAAGCAAGUAAAUGGGCCUACCGUAAUGUUGCUGAUGGUAUUGAUCACUUUAAAGCUGGAAAACAUGUGGAAGCAUUUCAGUGUUUGAAUAAAGCAUUAAAUAUUGAUCCAAAAAAUGUCGAAGGUCUUGUAGCAAGAGGUGCUUUAUAUGCCAAUAGUGGAAAUUUUCAAAAAGCAAUUGAGGAUUUUGAAACUGCUUUAAAAUUAAAUCCUAAUCAUGCUAAUGCUCGUAAGUAUAUGGGAGAAACUCUUGUAGCUCUUGGACGCAGCUAUGAGGAAGAAAAUAAAAUUGAGGAAGCACGCAAAGCUUAUCAAAGCUGUUUAAGUAUAAUACCUUAUCACGAGGAAGCUCAAAAUUCAUUAGAAUUUUUAAAAAAUAAGUCGCAGACCUCAAAAAAUUUAAUUGAACCAGCAGAAUUAUUGCUUCCAAAUUUAACAGUUUCAACAAAGACAUCAGAUGUUAAUGAUGCUUUAAAGCAGCUAUUAAAGACUGAAGAAGAAGAAAAAAAAGAAAAAAAGAAGAAGAAAAAGUCCAAAAAACGGAAAAAUAGAAGACAUUCUAGUUCAAGUUCUUCUUCAAGUUCUUCUGGAAGUGGUGAAAGUUCAAGUAGUUCGUCAAGCACUAGUUCUGAUUCUAGUUCUUCUUCGGCAGAUUCAGAUUUUAAAAAAAGGAAGAAGCAUCGAUCUAGAUCUCAUAGACGUGAAAAACGAGAAAAUUCUUUAAGUCCCUUAAGCAAGCGCAUGGCUAUGAUGGAUCAGUCGCAGGAUACACCAACGACAAACUACAACUUUAAUAAACCAGCAGUACCUUCAUUUGACUUUAAUUUUGAACAACCUGAAAAAGCCAAGAGUUUAGAGAUGGAUUAUGAGGCAAAAGUUCGAGCUUUCCUUGCAGAAACUAAAGGAGAUUCAGACUAUGAAGAAAAGGUAAGAAAAUUUUUAGAGGAAAGUGCUAAGUGGAAAAAGGGAAAAACUGAAGAAAAAAAGAAAAAGAAAAAGAAAGAGAAAAAAAACAAAAAAGAGAGUAAAAAAAGAAAGAAGAAAGAUAAGCUUAAACGUAAAAGUGGUUUCGAACUGAAUGAAUUGGAUGAUCAUAAAAAAUUACGUGAUGCAAUAAAGAAGGAAUUGAAUAAAGAGAAGAAAUCCAAGCGACACAAUAUUCCUUCUGACGAUGAGGAAUACUUCUUACAGAAAUCUGGAUACAGCAAAAGAUUUAUUGACAGCUUACCAGAUUUGGAAGAAUUGGAAUCAAAGUUAAAUGCAUAUUAUGCUCUUGAAAAAGAAACAAAAAGGAGUGAAGUAGAUGAAAGCCCCAAACAUUCCUUACUAGAUUCUCCAUCUCCAACAAGAGAACAAAAAGCUAGACAAGCAGUAGCAGAAGCCACAGCUUCUGUAGGGAAUCAAAAAUGGAAGAUGCAUAUAGGUGCAGGGACUUCAGGCAACUCACGAUUUAAAAAGAAACAGCCUGAACGAUUACCUCCUUCGACAGAGUGGCUAAAUGAACAGGAUAAACAUAGUAAAAAUGAAACUAAUUUUAAUGACUCUCCUCCGAAGAAAAGUGUUGUCCCUCUAGCUCCAUCCACUGAAAAAACUGUUAGUGUAAGAAGAGCAAUGGCUAUGAAAGAGCCUCCUAAAAAACCAGAAUCACCAAGAAAAAUUAAACCGUUAGUUCCAGCUCCAUUACCUAACAAAAUUCCACAAGGACAAGUUGUGUUAGAUAAAUUUGGCAAUUUUAGACUUAUGACUCCACCAGAAUUAAAAAAAGGAAAUGAUCUGCCUCCUUUACCACCAGGUCGCCGUCCACCUGAACCUCCAGGACGACCCAGAUCAGAUAGUAGAUCACCUAAGAGGCGUAGUAGAUCUCGUUCAAAAUAUAGUAGAUCUAGGUCAUCUAGCAUUUCAAGAUCAAGAUCUCGUAGUUACCGUAGUAGGUCUCGAUCAUACUACAGUCGUUCUAGAUCAAGAUCUGGCAGUUAUUAUUCCAGAAGUAGAUCAAGAUCAAGAAGUUAUUCAGGUGAUAGAAGGAGAUAUCGAAGAGGCGGUUUCAGAGGUCGGUAUAAUGAUCGUGGUACAUAUUACAAACCUCGUUUUCAAAAUCCAAGACAUAGUCAAAGAGGAAGAGGGGGUGGGUAUUAUAACAGAGAUUCUAGAUAUAAUGACAGAGAUUAUCGUGGUCGCGGAAGACCUUAUCCAUACAAUAAUCGAGGCAAUCGUAGACCAAGGGGAAGAUAUCAACGAGGAGGUUAUCGCGAUUAUAGAGAUAGAAGAUAUGAUAGAAGCCGUUCAAGAGAUCGAAGCAGAUCAUACAGUGGAAGUCGUGACCGUGACUCCGAUGACACUACUAUGAAAAGAGGCUCUGUAGAAACUGAUAAAGUUAACAAGUACAAUGAUGGAGAAAAUCAGUCUAUAAGACACGAAGGUCCAUUAUCUGAAGGUGAGGACAGAGACGACUAUACUAAUGAAAAACUAAUAGAUAGAGAUGAAUUUGCUGGUAAGUGGGCAGAAAAAGAUGAUUGUGGUGAGAGUUCCAAAGAAAUUUCUGCAACAGUAAAUAUGGAAGACACGGAUAAAUUCACGAAUAAAGUCAAAAAAGAAAAGAAAGAAGAUGGAUUAGAAAGAAGUAAAGAUUUAUUAAAAAAAUAAUACUGCGACAUAACAAGUAAGUUUCGUAUUUUAAUAAUAAUAUAAAGACGAUAAGAUACUGCUGUUUACUUGGUAUGCUGCUUGUGUGCCACUAAAAAGUAAUAAAUGAAAAAUAAUCUUUAUUACUCUAAUAUUAUUUUUUAUUCAGAAAAAUUUGGUGUGAUAAAUAUGGAUUAUUAUAGGAUCAAAUAUAACAAUAAAGAUAAGACGUUAGUAUUGUAAUAUAAAAAUGGACCUGUAUCUGUAUAAGCAAAAUUUAUUAAAUA